CCGGCUGCCGGCGAAGGAAGAAAAGUUUGGGGGCGACUUAGGGCCGCGGGAGCGCCCGAGGAGGAGAAGGAGGAGGUUGCGCGGUUUCCCCGGCUGAUCGGGAAGGAAGGAUGACCGAGGGAGGAUGUGCACCAGCAGCCAGAUCAUCGGGAGCCUCCUGGUGCUCUCCGUGCUGGAGAUAGGGUUAGGGGUGUCCAGCGUGGCCGUGGGGGCGGUCAGUUUCAGCCUGGUCCUCACAGAGCAUAAACCUCAGCUGGGAGACUCUUCUCCGUUCCUGCUUUGCGGCGUAUGUGGAAUAUUGUGCGCCAAAAAAAAAUCUGGACUUGUUAUGAUACUUUUUUCUGCCUGUUGCAUCUGUGGACUAAUAGGAGGAAUCUUAAAUUUUCAAUUUCUUCGUGCUCUGACAAAGAAGUCAUCUGCUCUCUAUUCUUUGCAUCUUGCCUCCAUGUCUCUUGCAUGCAUUGGAAUUGGUGGUUGCACCCUUUCUUCAUGGCUCACUUGUCGGCUAGCCAGCUAUGAACAAAGGCGAAUGUUCUCAGAAAGGGAACAUUCAUUGCAUCACUCCCAUGAAAUGGCAGAAAAAGAAGUUACAGACAACCUAAGCAAUGGUGGCCCACAUCUGAUUUAUAAUGGAAGUGUAUAUUAAGAGAUUUUUAAAAGUUCCAUGGAAGGAAGUGGUUUUAGAAUUUUCUUCAGGAAAAAAAAUAGACUCCAAGAAAUUAAGAAAAUGAAACUAUCUUAGCUUUUAUGCUCAAAUGUCACAACUGCCAACCAGUACAGUUGCAAUUCCCUUUUAGAACCAUGUUCAAAAUUUGCCUCCUAAACAUUUUGCGGAUAUACAGUAUUUAUUCACUUCCUGCCUACUCUCUUUCAGUUUUUUGUCUGAAUAAUCUUUCUGAAUUGUGAUAGUAUUUGAAAUAGACUUCUCAAGACUCUUAUUCUCAUGAAGACUCAAAAAUCAGAAAAAAACCCAAACUGAACUGCAUUUAGCCCACUCAAAGGAGAAGGCAGAGGAAGAAUGGCUCAGGGGAAUCUUUUUCUCCUCUCCACUUAGCAGCAUCUGGUGUAAUACGAUGGCUUCAGAUCAUGGCAUGGUACAGCAACACAUCUGCACAGUCCCUCUCCUCACAUUUUGAAUGCAUCCUGCCUCUGUUUUCCCAGUAGAUCAUAUCAAAGGAGUGCAAACUCCUUACAAAAAGCUCCCCUUUCACAUCCAGAGUGUAAAUGAACAGUGUACUGAAAACAAAACCGAUGUCUUUGUUUUGAAAGACAGAAUGCUCUAAGAAUGCCAUAAAUCAAAACCUCAAUAAUGCCUUGUUGUAAAGAAAUUGUAAAUAUUUCCAAUUUGUGAAUGAAGUAUAUUUCGUAAUUUGUUCAUAAAAGAUGACAAAUAAAAUGGAA